GACGCGGCGAUGUCGUCACGCUCGGGGCGGGGCCGCUUCCGCUUCCGCCGUCACCACCGCCCGCCCGGGCCCGCCGGCUCAUGCGCCGUCUCCGCCCGGCGCUGCUCAGGGCCGCUCGCGCCGCUCUGCCGCUGCCGCUGCCGCCCCUUCUCGCGGCCCGGCCCCCGCACGCGCCCCGCAGGCCUCUCAGCGCGCCCGGCCGCGCCCCGACCCGGGUCCCCGCCGCCGCCGCGCCUCGGAACAGCAUGGACGGCGCCGGCGUGGAGGAGCUGCUGGCGCCCCUCCGCCUCGCAGUGCGCCAGCAGGGAGACCUGGUGCGGAAGCUGAAGGAAGACCGAGCACCCCAGGCGGAUGUGGAUAAGGCGGUAGCUGAGCUCAGAGCCCGGAAGAGGACCCUGGAGACCACGGAGCUGUCGUUACAGCCCAAAGAUGACAUCGUGGACAGAGCAAAAAUGGAAGAUACCCUGAAGAGGAGAUUUUUCUACGACCAGGCUUUUGCUAUUUAUGGAGGUGUCAGUGGCCUCUACGACUUUGGGCCCGUCGGCUGUGCUCUGAAGAACAACAUCAUCCAGCUGUGGAGGCAGCACUUCAUCCAAGAAGAGCAGAUGCUGGAGAUCGACUGCACCGUGCUCACCCCUGCGCCGGUCUUAAAGACCUCUGGCCACGUGGACAAGUUUGCCGACUUCAUGGUGAAAGAUGCCAAGAGCGGGGAGUGCUUCCGUGCCGACCACCUGCUGAAGGCUCAUUUGCAGAAGCUCAUGUCUGAUAAGAAGUGUUCAGCUGAGAAGAAAUCUGAGAUGGAGGCUGUCUUGGCCCAGCUCGAUAACUACGGACAGCAAGAGCUGGGGGAUCUUUUUGUGAACUAUAACGUGAAGUCUCCCACUACUGGAAAUGAUCUCUCCCCUCCGGUCCCUUUUAAUCUGAUGUUCAAGACCUUCAUUGGGCCGGGAGCAAACAUGCCUGGGUACUUGAGACCCGAAACUGCACAGGGGAUCUUCCUGAAUUUUAAGCGGCUUUUGGAAUUCAACCAGGGGAAGUUGCCUUUUGCUGCUGCUCAGAUUGGAAAUUCUUUUAGGAAUGAGAUAUCGCCUAGGUCUGGACUCAUCAGAGUCAGAGAAUUCACAAUGGCAGAAAUUGAACACUUUGUAGAUCCCAGUGAGAAAGAGCACCCCAAGUUCCAGAACGUGGCGGACCUGCACCUUUGUCUGUACUCAGCGAAAGCCCAGGUCAGCGGGCAGUCUGCUCGGAAAAUGCGCCUCGGAGAUGCAGUCGAGCAGGGUGUGAUCAACAACUCAGUAUUAGGUUACUUCAUCGGCCGCAUCUACCUCUACCUCACGAAGGUCGGAGUAUCUCCAGACAAACUCCGCUUCAGACAACACAUGGACAACGAGAUGGCCCAUUAUGCGUGUGACUGUUGGGAUGCCGAGUCCAAGACCUCCUACGGUUGGAUUGAGAUUGUCGGCUGUGCUGAUCGUUCCUGCUACGACCUUUCUUGUCAUGCGAGAGCCACCAAAGUCCCACUUGCAGCUGAGAAGCUUCUGAAAGAACCCAUAUCUGUCGGCGUUGUUCAGUUUGAUCCCAACAAGGGUGCCAUCGGGAAGGCGUACAAGAAGGACGCCAGGCUGCUGAUGGAGUACCUUGCCGCGUGCGAGGAGCACUACGUUACCGAGAUGGAGGAGCUGCUCCGCGAGAAAGGAGAAUUCACUGUUGAGACUGAGGGGAAGACAUUUCAGUUGACGAAAGACAUGGUCAAUGUGAAGAGAUUCUCCAAGACUUUGCACGUGGAAGAAGUUGUUCCCAACGUGAUUGAACCCUCCUUUGGCCUGGGCAGAAUCUUGUAUACGGUGUUGGAACACACAUUCCAAGUCCGAGAGGGAGAUGAACAGCGGACGUUCUUCAGCUUCCCCGCUACGGUAGCCCCGUUCAAAUGCUCCGUCCUGCCGCUGAGCCAGAACCAGGAGUUCGUGCCGUUCGUCAAGGAGCUAUCUGCAGCCCUGACCAGGAACGGCGUCUCUCACAAGGUGGACGACUCCUCCGGGUCCAUCGGAAGGCGCUACGCCAGGACGGAUGAGAUCGGCGUGGCUUUCGGCAUCACCAUCGACUUCGACACGGUGAACAAGACCCCUCACACUGCCACCCUGCGGGACCGAGACUCCAUGCGGCAGAUCCGAGCAGAGAUCUCUGAGCUGCCUUCUGUGGUCCGGGACCUGGCCAGCGGCAACCUCUCAUGGGCUGAUGUGGAGGCCAGGUACCCCGUCUUUGAAGGCCAAGAGACUGGCAAAAAAGGCACCAUCGAGGAGUGAAGGCCACGCGGGCUGAUGAGAGCUCCCGCCAUGUCCGCUUGACAAGCAGACAGCAUGGCCGCUGCUCGGGGCCUGCCUGCCGAGCUCACCCUCAAUUAAAGCCGCAGGGUUGGGAACAGA